AUGAAAUGGAUAUCCAUAUUUUCAUUAGUGUCGGCUGUUACUGGGAUAAGUUCCUUGAAAUCGAUCGAGGAGGAGAUAUCGAGAAUAGAUUCAAAAUUUAGAAACGUAGGACCGACUCUUGAAAUUCUAAAUGAAUACGAUUCAGUGAUCAGCCUAUUGAAAAAUGACGAGUGGAGUGAUGCCGAAGUUCUAAGCAAAUAUGCUAGUUUACUUUACAAACAUGGGAUCAUCAAUAUGGCAUUGAAUCGGGGAAAGUUGGCCUUGGAGGAUUUCGAGAAUUGUUAUCUAAUCAAAGGUGAUAAUCAAUUAGUGGUUCACAACGGAUGCUUAGCUAAAUUAGGAGAACUUUCAAUUGAAUAUGGAACGGCAGAUAAGAUGGUUAAAAUAAUUGGUGACCUUGAACACCAGCAAACCAGCAAACUAUAUGUUAGCGAAGUUUUCAAAUCUGUUAAAGAUAAGUCAAUUGAAUAUUCCAAAGAUUUCCAUCAGAUUGAAUCUCUGAUGGAGAAUAAGCAGUGGGAUCAAUGCAAUCGUAAAUGUAAGAGGUUGAUGGAGCUCGGUGGAGCUCAUGAUAGCAAUCUAAUGAGACUACACAUUGAAUGCAUUCAAAAUUCAAAUAUUCAAACGGAUGAUAAGAUCAAAGGAAUCAGCGACAUAUACACGACCUUGGUGAGUACAGAGACACUAAAUACAGACUUGAACGAUUAUGUGAAAUUAGGCUAUAUCUCAUUUUUCGGAUUAAGUAAUAUGCGCUUAGAGACAGAUAAGAUCAUUAGACAGUGCUUGAAAAAUGAUAAUGAGUUUCAAGGUUGCAAAGAUUUAAAUAGAAUCAGCAUGAAGCUGGAAAAGCUAAUGAAAAGUAUCAGGGAGGUCGGGAUCUACUACUCCUAUGUCUAUAGUGAUACUGAAGAAAGUAUCGACUCUAACCAAUUUAAAGAGAUCGAGUUGAGUAAAGAGCGGUGGCAAGAAAUAUUUAGUCUGUUAUUUGAAAAGAAAGAGAAGAUCAGGGCUAAAAACGAAUUGGAUAGAAUUGCCUUUGCAAAUAAUGGGGUCAGCCUUGACGGCCCUAGGUUUGAAAACAAUUUCCAGGUGAUUCUAGAUUUGUAUGUGAAUGUUAUGAAGAGAGAAUUCCAGUUUACGGAACGACAGUUAAAGGAAUCCAAAUUUAUCAAAGAUAUGUUCAAACUGAGCAAACAGGCAUAUUUUGAGAACGAGAAGUUCAAGGAGUAUACGAGGAACAAACAAAUCCUACGACAUAAAUAUUAUGUGAAGUCAUCUGAUGAUCUUGUUGAUAUGACACAACAGAUACGUAGACUAAUUAAGAGUAAGAACUACUCAAAGGCCGAGGAGCUUGUGAAGAGGCUCCCUAAGUCGAUGAAGCUUACGAGAGAUAUCAGGGAUUGCAUAGAAAAAAUAUCGGCUUACAGGGAACACCAAAGACGGAAACAACAACAAUACCAACAACAACAGUACAGGAGUGGACGCGGAGAUAGUGGAAAUUCGCAAAGUGGUAGACAAUCGCCACCGUUGAAUAAUGUUACACCAAAGAACGACUACUACAAGGUUCUAGGCGUGAGCAGAGAUGCCGACACCACGGAGAUAAAGAAAGCCUACAGAGAGAAAGUGAAAACACACCACCCUGAUAAGAUUGCCAACAAGAAUGACAAGAGUAUCGAAGAAGCCGAGGAGGAGUUUGCGAGAAUAAACGACGCCUAUCAGGUGCUUUCAGACCCUGAACAGCGGGCCAAGUACGACCAACUUGGGGAGGACCCCAAUGAUCCGGUCCAAAAUCGUAGACCGCACAAACAGCACAAUAGACGGGCGAAAAGUGGCCAACGUGCAAACCGUGGACAAGGCAAAUCAGGGGGGGAUCCAUUUACGGGGGGUUUCAAGUUCAACAAUUUCAACAAUUUCAACAAUUUUAACAAUUUCAAUAAGUUUCGUUUUGGCGGCUUCCGUUGA